GGAGCCGAGGCAAGUGAUGUCAACGUGCGUGCCUGGGGAGAAGAGCGCCCCCAUCUCCCCCCGGCCCGACGGACGGCCCCGAGCGAGCGACCCCGUUCGCGCGUCAUCGGCGGCACCGCUUAUAAAGAGGGUCCGGCCAAGUCCGCUUCUGCCUGCAACCUCCUGGCUCCGAGCUGCGCGCAGAGCAAGGCAGGGCUGGCACUCGGCUCCCUCGCCGCCUCUCCAAAGGAAAACCGACGGCGCGCCCUCCGCGAAGCUCUCCGGCCAUGGCGACGGUGGCUCUCUUGGCGUGGCUGGGGCUGUGGCUGGGGCGCGCCACGUCGGGGCUGCCCGGCUCCCCCUGCGAGCCGGUGCGCAUCCCCAUGUGCCGCCACAUGCCCUGGAACAUGACCCGCAUGCCCAACCACCUGCACCACAGCACCCAGGAGAACGCCGUGCUGGCCAUCGAGCAGUACCAGGAGCUGGUGGCCGCCGGCUGCAGCCCGGUGCUCAGCUUCUUCCUGUGCGCCAUGUACGCGCCCAUCUGCGCCGUCGAGUUCCUGCACGACCCCAUCAAGCCCUGCAAGGCGCUGUGCCAGCGCGCCCGAGACGGCUGCGAGCCCCUCAUGAAGAGGUACAACCACAGCUGGCCCGAAGCCCUGGCCUGCCAAGACCUGCCCGUCUACGACCGAGGGGUCUGCAUCGCCCCCGAGGCCAUCGUCACGGAUCUGCCGGAAGAAGACGUGAAGUGGAUCGAUUUAUCUGACGACGUGAUGGUCCACGAAAAGCCUCUGUUUCCCGAGUGCAAGACCUCGAGCCGCGAGCGCUGCAAAUGCAAGAAGGUCAAGCCCACUCUGGCGACGUAUCUGACCAAAAACUACUCUUACGUUAUUCGUGCUAAAGUCAAGAGCUUAGAGAGAGGAGGCUGCAAUGAAAUAACCACAAUGGUUGACGUGAAAGACGUCUUGAAAUCUUCAACUCCUGUUCCCCAUUCUCUCAUGCCUCUGCAUACAAAUUCCUCCUGCCAAUGUCCCCCUCUUCUACCAAACCAAGAUGUCCUCAUUAUGUGUUAUGAGUGGCGCUCAAGGUUGAUGCUUCUUGAUGGAUGCUCAGUUGAAAAAUGGAAGGAUCCGCUGAGUAAACGAUUUAAGAGAUGGGAACAGCGACUCCAAGAACAGAAGCAACGCGCAGGUCCAAAUAAAAACCAGAAUGCUAGAAACUCCGGGCGCAGCGGGAUGCCAAAGCAAAACCUGAAGAACACCAACCCAGCGCUCACUAGUCCCAAGAAAAUCAACAAGCUCCCAAGCGAUCAGAAAGAAAUCAGCCCCAAAAACAUAUGAAUUUUCCCAGAAGCUGACUUGGGUGUUUCCUGAACUCAUCGACGUAAAUGUUCAGUGUUGUAUUUCAAACAGACAUCCUUUGAACAAUUUACUUUUACAGGAUUUUUUAAAGCUGCAGUUAUAGCUUUGCAUUAACAUGUGGUGGGUUGAAAAGCAAGUGGUUUGGGGUAUGCUUAGCACAACCAGUCGUAGUUUACCAGUUUUCAUCUGGAGAGCAUCCUGUGAUUUAAAUGUGUGUAGUGGGAAUUUGUCUACAUGCUAUUAAGGCUGGCUUUGCACAUUUUACAUUGGGGGCAGCCGCUAUUAUUCACGUUUCCAUAGUUGAGCCCCGCCAGGGGAAUAUCACUCGGUCAUCCUGAUUCCUCGUAAGAAUUCUAGCAAAAGAGGAGCCACAUGUUCCGCUUUCUCUGGUGUUCUGCAGAAGUGUGUGAGAGCAUACAAAGGCUUUUCUGAGCCACCACUGCUCCUGGCUAGCCUUCUUUGUCAUCAGAUUUUGUAACAUACUAAAUCAAACUUCUCCUUUCGACCAGCUUUUGUUGUAACAUUUAAUUUUGCAGUACUUAAAAACCAGUACCUUUUUGGGGUGUGUGUGUGGAAAGUUUAGGAAUAAUUGGUGGUAUUUAAUACUAGUCCUACUCAGAGUAGACCCACUGACAUUAAAGGACUUGACUAACUUAGGUUCAUUAAUUUCAAUGGCUCUACUCUGAACAAGACUUAGUUGGAAACCACCCCAUACCUACAUAUUUACGACAUGUCGUUUUAUUAUGAACAGAGAUUCCUAAAACAGAGUGAGCGACAAUUCCAUUGUGGGAUUCUGAAAUAUUGUUUUUUUAAAUUAGAGAACUAAGAAGGUUUUAAAUGUUACUAGCAACUUGAUCUGAAACAUAUCUGCCCUAAUCUGGAAACCACCCUCCAUUUAGAGGUGCAUGUGGAUCUCUUUCACUUUUGAAACGCGUCCUUUGUUUAAAUGGCCAGUUAGCAAGCACCUGCCACUGUGUGCAUGGAUGAGGGGGAAGGUAGCUGAAACAGACAGGAAGUUUUUGAAAAGAAGGGAAAUCUUUUGAUGCACCAGAUCUCCUGUGCCCAUAAAUUAUCCCUAGGUCAGUGCUAUUACCUGCAGAAAGAUUGGCAACUACAGGAUUUUCUCAUUUCUUUUUAAAACAGGAGUUUGUUGCCACUAUUCCUGUACCCAUUGCACUGUAUGAGAAGCUGCAACCGAACCCUCCAUCUCAUCCAAUUUCUUGCAGCAGGUACCGAAGGCUGCCAUUCAUGCCCGGUGAUUGAGAUUCAACAGCUUUAUUGAGAAACAGAGUCAGGCUUGGUUUGAGUUUCUUUGCCUUUUGUCUAAGAACCUAAGACAAUGGCCCAUGUAGUCCAAUAUCCGGUUUUCACAAUGCCCAACCAGAUGCCUGUGAAAAACCCACAAGUUGGACCCCAGAGUCCAAAAUCGCCCUCCCCUCCUGUAGUUUCCAGCACCGAAGCAUACUGUCUGAUCAUGGAGGCAGAGGAUAGCCGCCAUGGCUAGUUGCCAGGAAUAUCAUCCAUGAAUUUGUCUAAUCCUCUUUUAGCAUCAUCCAAGUUGGAAGCCAUCAUAGCCUGUAUCUGAACAGAGGGAUUCAGUUGUGCAUGCAGUUUUCUGGAUUGUGGCCCCACCAUAUUUAAGUUAGUUCCACUGGUUCUACAUUAUGUAUUUAGUCCAGAGACAAAAGGUCACCCGCCGUUCAUUUUUGCUCAUAGUUGCACUCCAGUGUAAUUGCCAAUAGGCUAUACAUGUUUUUGACACUGGGCGGUUUGAAAAAGGUUAUUUGCUUUUUCAUUAAUGGGAGGUUUUGGAGUGCAAAGGUAAACAAAAUAGUUGGCUGUGCAUGCUGGUACGUUAGGAUCUUGUGGAGCUGGGCCAAUGUGUUUAGUGUCUGUAAGUCUCUAGUCAAAGCAAUCUUUUUACAGGGAGAAUUUUUUUAAUCUCUUGCACCUUAAUUUUAAACACAUUCAUCUGUAAGAGGUACAUACCUCACCAUGUUUUUUAUUUUCUUUUUUUGUUUUCUAUUAGUAAGGAAAUACUGAUUUCCUUUUGCUUUGUCAGAUUCUG